AUGCUGCGGACAGUCUCGGCGGUUCUGCAAUUCGGCAACAUCGUCCUGAGGCGAGAAAGGAACACCGACCAAGCCACCAUGCCCGACAACACAGCUGCACAGAAGCUCUGCCGUCUUCUGGGACUCGGGGUGACGGAUUUCUCCCGGGCCCUGCUCACCCCUCGCAUCAAAGUGGGCCGAGACUACGUGCAGAAAGCCCAGACCAAGGAGCAGCUGAACUCCUUCGAGCAGCUGUGCAUCAACUACACCAACGAGAAGCUGCAGCAGCUGUUCAACCACACCAUGUUCGUGCUGGAGCAGGAGGAGUACCAGCGCGAGGGCAUCCCCUGGACCUUCCUGGACUUCGGCCUGGACCUGCAGCCCUGCAUCGACCUCAUCGAGCGCCCGGCCAAUCCCCCUGGACUCCUGGCCCUGCUGGACGAGGAGUGCUGGUUCCCAAAGGCCACGGACAAGUCAUUUGUGGAGAAGGUGGCCCAGGAACAAGGCAGCCACCCCAAGUUCCAGCGGCCCAGGCACCUGCGGGAUCAGGCUGAUUUCAGUGUCCUCCACUAUGCGGGCAAGGUCGACUACAAGGCCAACGAGUGGCUGAUGAAAAACAUGGACCCUCUGAACGACAGCGUGGCAGCCCUGCUUCAUCAGAGCACGGACCGGCUGACAGCGGAGAUCUGGAGAGAUGGGCACGGGGGCUUCCAGCAGUCCUCUUUCCUUGGCUCCCUUCUGCCGCCGCCCCCAGGAUCUGCAGGGAGGUGCCGCUCCGCCACGUCUCCGCCAGGGGGUGGGUGUCUCUGUGCAUCAACGGUGGAGGGCAUCGUGGGGCUGGAGCAGGUGAGCAGCCUUGGGGACGGCCCGCCCGGAGGCCGUCCCCGCCGGGGCAUGUUCCGGACGGUGGGCCAGCUCUACAAGGAGUCUCUGAGCCGCCUCAUGGCCACACUCAGCAACACCAACCCCAGUUUCGUCCGCUGCAUUGUCCCUAACCACGAGAAGAGGGCCGGGAAGCUGGAGCCGCGGCUGGUGCUGGACCAGCUCCGCUGCAACGGCGUCCUGGAGGGCAUCCGCAUCUGUCGCCAGGGCUUCCCCAACCGCAUCCUCUUCCAGGAGUUCCGGCAGCGGCUGCAGGACUUUGAUGCUAACGCAGAGAAGGCCCAGGGCCGCCGCGUCAAGCUGUCCUUCCCACCUGUUCCCUCGAGGGACUCCUGUCUGAGGGGGCGACAUACCCGGGCGCCGAGAGUCAUGCUCCCCCUGGGGUGCCAGUUCUUCCGGGCGGGGGUCCUGGCCCAGCUGGAAGAGGAGCGGGACCUGAAGGUCACGGACAUCAUCGUGUCCUUCCAGGCGGCUGCCCGGGGAUACCUGGCCCGCAGGGCUUUCCAGAAGCGGCAGCAGCAGCAGAGUGCCCUGAGGGUGAUGCAGCGAAACUGUGCGGCCUACCUCAAGCUCAGACACUGGCAGUGGUGGCGGCUCUUUAUCAAGGUGAAGCCACUGCUGCAGGUGACGCGGCAGGACGAGGUGCUGCAGGCGCGGGCCCAGGAGCUGCAGAAAGUGCAGGAGCUGCAGCAGCAGAGCGCCCGGGAAGUGAGCGAGCUCCAGGGCCGGGUGACACAGCUGGAAGAGGAGCGCACCCGCCUGGGAGAGCAGUUGCGAGCAGAGGCAGAACUGUGUGCGGAGGCCGAAGAGAUACGGGGACGGCUGGCAACCCGAAAGCAGGAGCUGGAGCUGGUGGUGACGGAGCUAGAGGCUCGCGUGGGUGAGGAGGAGGAGUGUAGCCGUCAACUUCAAACCGAGAAGAGGAGGCUGCAGCAGCACAUACAGGAGCUGGAGACCCACCUCGAAGCCGAGGAGGGGGCGCGGCAGAAGCUGCAGCUGGAGAAGGUGACGACGGAGGCCAAGCUGAAGAAAUUCGAGGAGGACUUGCUGCUCCUGGAAGACCAGAAUGCCAAGCUGAGCAAGGAGCGGAGGCUGCUGGAGGAGCGUCUGGCCGAGUUCUCCUCCCAGGCGGCCGAGGAGGAAGAGAAAAUCAAGAGCCUCAACAAGCUCCGACUCAAAUAUGAGGCCACGAUGGCGGACAUGGAGGACCGCCUGCGGAAGGAGGAGAAGGGCCGCCAGGAGCUGGAGAAGCUGAAGCGGCGGCUGGAUGGGGAGAGCUCGGAGCUGCAGGAGCAGAUGGCAGAGCAGCAGCAGCGGGCAGAGGAGCUGCGCGCCCAGCUGGGCCGCAAGGAGGAGGAGCUGCAGGCGGCCCUGGCCAGGGCUGAAGACGAAGGUGGGGCCCGGGCCCAGCUGCUCAAAUCCCUGCGGGAGGCCCAGGCAGCCAUGGCCGAGGCCCAGGAGGACCUGGAGGCCGAGCGUGUGGCCAGGGCCAAGGCGGAGAAGCAGCGCCGGGACCUGGGCGAGGAGCUGGAGGCCCUGCGGGGCGAGCUGGAAGACACGCUGGACUCCACCAACGCACAGCAAGAGCUCCGGUCCAAGAGGGAACAGGAGGUGACAGAGUUGAAGAAGGCUUUGGAGGAGGAGGCCCGCGUCCACGAGGUGGCGGUGCAGGAGCUGAGGAGGCCCCAUCAGCCUUUCCACGUCUCCUUCCCCCACCAGGGCAAAGGCGCAUGGGAGAAGACCCGGCUGGCCCUGGAGGCCGAGGUGUCCGAGCUGCGGGCGGAGCUGAGCAGCCUGCAGGCCACGCGCCAGGAGGGUGAGCAGCGGAGGCGUCGCCUGGAGUCACAGCUGCAGGAGGUGCAAGGCCGGGCUGGUGACGGGGAGAGGGCGCGCGUGGAGGCUGCCGAGAAGCUUCAGAGAGCCCAGGCCGAGCUGGACAACGUGUCUGGGGCUCUGAGCGAGGCUGAGUCCAAAGCCAUCCGGCUGAGCAAGGAGCUGAGCAGCACCGAAGCCCAGCUGCACGACUCCCAGGAGCUGCUGCAGGAGGAGACCCGGGCGAAGCUGGCCCUGGGGUCCCGGGUGCGAGCCCUGGAGGCCGAGGCCACGGGGCUACGGGAGCAGCUGGAAGAGGAGGCGGCCGCCAGGGAGCGGGCGGGCCGCGAGCUGCAGACCGUACAGGCCCAGCUCUCAGAGUGGCGGCGGCGUCAGGAGGAGGAGGCGGGGGCACUGGAGGCAGGGGAGGAGGCUCGGCGCCGCACAGCCCGCGAGGCCGAGGCCCUGACCCAGCGCCUGGCCGAAAAGACGGAGGCGGUGGACCGGCUGGAGCGAGGCCGCCGCCGGCUGCAGCAAGAGCUGGACGACGCCACCGUGGACUUGGAGCAGCAGCGGCAGCUCGUGGGCGCGCUGGAGAAGAAGCAGCGCAAGUUUGACCAGCUCCUGGCUGAGGAGAAGGCAGCCGUGCUUCGGGCCGUGGAGGAGCGUGAGCGGGUGGAGGCCGAGGGCCGAGAGCGUGAGGCGCGGGCCCUGUCCCUGGCACGGGCGCUGGAGGAGGAGCAAGAAGCCCGCGAGGAGCUGGAGCGGCAGAACCGGGCACUGCGGGCUGAGCUGGAGGCUCUGCUGAGCAACAAGGACGACGUCGGCAAGAGCGUGCACGAGCUGGAGCGAGCCCGCCGGGUGGCAGAACAGUCAGCCAGCGAACUGCGGGCGCAGGUGACGGAACUGGAGGACGAGCUGACAGCGGCUGAGGAUGCCAAACUGCGUCUGGAGGUGACCGUGCAGGCGCUCAAGACGCAGCACGAGCGUGACCUGCAGGGCCGUGACGAGGCUGGUGAGGAGAGGCGGAGGCAGCUGGCCAAGCAGCUGAGGGAUGCGGAGGUGGAGCGGGAUGAGGAACGGAAGCAGCGGGCCCAGGCCGUGGCCGCCCGCAAGAAGCUGGAGGCGGAGCUGGAAGAGCUGAAGGCCCAGAUGGCGGCCGCCGGGCAGGGCAAGGAGGAGGCGGUGAAGCAGCUUCGCAAGAUGCAGGCCCAGGUGAAGGAGCUAUGGCGCGAGGUGGAGGAGCUGCGCGGCUCCAAGGAGGAGACCUCCGCCCAGAGCCGGGAGAGAGAGAAGUGCUUCAAGGGGCUGGAGGCGGAGGUGCUGCGGCUGCAGGAGGUGAGGCGGGGAACUGGCCGCCCAUAUCACGCCCGGCGGCAGGCCCAGCAGGACCGGGACGAGAUGGCAGACGAGGUGGCCAACGGAAACCUUAGCAAGGCAGCCAUUCUUGAGGAGAAGCGUCAGCUGGAAGGGCGUCUUGGGCAAUUGGAAGAGGAGUUGGAGGAAGAACAGAGCAAUGCUGAGCUGCUCAAUGACCGUUACCGCAAGCUGCUGCUGCAGGUGGAGUCACUGACCACAGAGUUGUCCGCUGAGCGCAGUUUCUCAGCCAAGGCAGAGAGCGGGCGGCAGCAGCUGGAACGGCAGAUCCAAGAGCUACGGGGACGCCUGGGUGAGGAGGACGCUGGGGCCCGGGCCCGCCAGAAGAUGGUCAUUGCCGCCCUUGAGUCCAAGUUGGCCCAGGCUGAGGAACAGCUGGAGCAGGAGAGCAGAGAGCGCAUCCUCUCCGGCAAGCUGGUCCGCAGGGCUGAGAAGCGGCUUAAAGAGGUGGUGCUGCAGGUAGAGGAGGAGAGGAGGGUGGCUGACCAGCUCCGGGACCAGCUGGAGAAGGGAAACCUCCGCGUGAAGCAGCUGAAGCGGCAGCUGGAGGAG